AUCUCGUUCCUAUCUACCACAUCCUGCAAUCUAACAAUGGCCAUCGAAUUAACUCCUCUUCCUCUCCCUGCCUCAGCUGACCCGUCUAAAUUCUCUGACUUUGGUCGUGAGGUAAAGGGUAUCAACCCGGGCAGUCUUUCAGAAGAUGAUUUCGCUCAGCUCCGUGAUGCGUUAUACAAGCACGAUGCGCUUCUCUUCAGGGAUGUCACUCUCACUCCGGAGCAACAGUAUGCCUUGACAAAGGCAUUCGAUCCGGAAUCUGAAUCCUACGGCCACGGAAAUAAUAAGACUCAAUCCACUAAGAAAUCGAUUCUUCACCCUGACCUAAAGACAAUUCCUCGUGUUCCGCAGGUCCAACUUAUUGGCAACGGUACUGUCACAAACCACGAGGGCCUCGCUUCUGCAGCUCUCAAACACCCGUCCCACACUUUCUUCCACAAGACCCACGUCUCCGAGGAAGACUCAGCCGCCGGCAUCACUCGUUUCUACCGCUGGCACAUUGAUGCAGCGUUGUAUGAGCUCCGCCCACCUCGUGUCACAACGCUGUACGGCAUCACAGUCCCAAAUGGUGCCAGCCAGACCGUACGUUAUGAUGAUGGUACUGGAGACGAACUCUCUGUUCCUCUCGGCACAACUGCGUUCGUCUCGGGCCACACUAUGUUCGAAAUUCUUCCGCCUGGGUUGAAGAGUCUUGCUGUCCGCUCGAAAGUCCGCUACGCACCUCAUCCAUAUGUGUGGAUGGGAGCCGCCCACGCUAUGCCCACUGGCUUAGGUAUCGAAAAUGAGGGUCUCGAGUUACCCUUGGAUGAACUCCCGUCGUGGGAGGCGUCCAAGGUGAUGACGCUUCCUGUGUUAUGGAAAAACCCAGUCACAGGAAACUUGCACUUCCAAGUUCAUCCGUGCGGUGCUGCAGAGUUGCUCGUCGACCCCCUUCCCACAGGUGCAACCCACGAGGGUGCUCUUUACCCCGAUGGUGCACACAUCAAAGAUCUGAAAGAGGUUAGGGAGCUCCUAUACAAGAUGCAGCGGCCCGCUAUAGCACCAGAGCUGGUAUACCCCCAUGACUGGAAGGAACGUGAUCUUGUCUUGUUCCAUAACCGCGGUGUAUUACACACUGUUGUUGGUGCAUUCAAGCCCGAUCAGGUUCGCGCUUUCCACCAGUGCAACCUCGCCGCUUCUGAUUCCCCUGCCGGUCCCACCGAUGAGGACGUGAAGAAGUAUGCGUGAGUUGUGUCCAUAGUUGUUUGCAAUGUUCCGUCUUUCUGUCUUUCCUUGGAACUUCCUAUCUGUAUUUUAGGUAUUCGUGAAUCGUGGUGCUAGGUUACCAUCAUUCAAAUGUCUUGUACACCGAUUAUCUGUAUCCGCGAUCAUGUACGAUUCUGUCUGGCAACAUGUAUCGUACAUCUAUGAAUUAUCUUGCAGUUGCAGUUGCAACCUAAAUCUUAUUUUAAAACGGUUCGUCCAUAGAGCCUAAAG